GAACUCUUCAACUUUCUGAACGUUCCAGAAGUCAACGAGCUGGCGAAACCCGUUUCCACACACCGUUCCUACAAGCCCGGGACAAUGGAAGUCGCGAUAGAAUCUUUGAUGAUGCCGCAUGCGGAACCUACCCCUGCGAUACCAUUCCACACUCCAAAACUGAUAGGCCAACAACUCUCAGAUGUGAUUCUGCGACGUCAUCUAGAGAAAUUCUCGUGCUCUAUCGAGAUUACACUCCCACAUACGAGAAUAGUACAGCACCGAAUACCUGAUGCACUAGUUAUCUGAUAAUUCAAUUGAUUGUACGGAACCUCCAUGCAUGAAGUCUAGCUACAUGCAUGUGCAGCUAACCGAG